AUGGGCUUUGUGGGAAGAAGUAGGUCCAAGGCUGUGUUUGCGAGAUUCACUAUCGGACAAACUGUCACAACCCCCCUUAGCCUUACUUUACAGCACUGGAAGGAUGUUCAAGUCACAGCCAGCAAUCUUUCGGUAGAAAUCCGGAAGAGAAAAUGGACGACCUUCUGUUCAUCAGAAUGGCCCACCUUCAAUGUUGAUUGGCCACGAGAAGGAACCUUUAACUUGACUAUUGUUUUGCAGGUUAAGGCCAAAAUAAUGGACCCGGGACCACAUGGACACCCGGACCAGGUCCCUUAUAUUGUUACCUGGGAGGCUCUUGUUUUAGACCCUCCCCCUUGGAUUAAGCCCUUUUUAUUCGCCCUAAACCUCAAAGUCCCUACCCCCUUAACCAUCCCAUCUGCCCCCCAGCUUUCUCUCCCACUCCUUCCUUCCCCAACUCCCCAUCCCCCUCCACAUACUUCACUUUACCCAGCCCUUGUUCCUUUAGAAAAUAAAAAGCAGGCUCCAGAAAAGGACAGGCCUACUGCCCCGAAGGUUUUACCACCGGGGGAAGACGUCCUGCUGGACUUACUGACCGAGGAUCCGCCACCCUAUCAAGGGGCCGCUCCCCAACCUCCGGGAGCGGAAGCUGCCGCUCCUCAACCACCCGCCGACCCCGCACCAUCCCCAAUAGCUGGCCGGCUCCGAGAACGCCGAGAGCAGGCCACAGACUCUGCCACCACCUCUCGAGCCUUCCCCUUGCGCGCGGGGUUGGGUGGGCAGCUACAGUACUGGCCUUUCUCAGCCUCCGACUUGUAUAACUGGAAAAAUAAUAAUCCUCCCUUUAGCCAAGAUCCCUCCAAAUUAACUUCUUUAAUUGAAUCUAUCUUGGUAACUCAUCAACCCACUUGGGAUGAUUGCCAACAGCUAUUACAGGUACUGCUGACUACUGAGGAAAAACAACGCGUUUUUCUCGAAGCAAGGAAAAACGUCCCCGGAGAAAAUGGGCGUCCCACUCAACUACCCAAUGAGAUAAACGCUGCUUUUCCCUUGGAACAGCCAAACUGGGACUUCAAUACACCUGAAGGUAGGAACCACCUACGCCUUUAUCGCCAGUUGCUAUUAGCGGGUCUCCAUGGGGCCGCUCGGCGUCCCACCAAUUUGGCUCAGGUUAAGCAGAUAGUUCAGAAAGGAGAAGAAUCGCCCUUGGCUUUCCUUGAACGUCUUAAGGAGGCGUACUGCAUUUACACUCCUUAUGACCCUGAGGAUGCGGGACAGGCUACAAAUGUCGCCAUGUCUUUCAUUUGGCAGUCAGCUCCAGAUAUCAGAAAGAAAUUAGAAAGGCAGGAAAAUCUCCAGACACUAUCCCUACACGACUUGCUCAAGGAAGCCGAACGUAUUUAUAAUAAAAGAGAAACUCCAGAAGAGAAGGAGGAAAGGGUUAGAAAGGAAGCAGAAGAAAGGGAGAGUGCACGUGACCGUAAAAGAACUAAAGAAAUGAGUAAGUUACUGGCCACCAUAGUGACAGGACAGAAACAGGAUAGACAGAAGGGAGACCGCCGAGGUACCCAAAUAGAAAAAGAUCAAUGUGCAUACUGUAAAGAAAAGGGGCAUUGGGCGAGAGACUGCCCAAAGAAUCCCAGGAGACCUCAAAGACCAAGACCUCAGACAUCCCUGCUCACCUUAGACGACUAGGGGGGUCCAGGCCAGGAGCCCCCCCCCGAGCCUAGGAUAACUCUGGAAGUUGGGGGGCAACCCGUCACCUUCCUGGUGGACACGGGGGCCCAACACUCGGUGCUGACCACAACCUCCGGACCUCUGAGUAACCGAUCAGCCUGGGUCCAAGGAGCCACUGGAGGGAAGCGGUACCGAUGGACCACCGACCGUAAGGUACAGUUGGCUACCGGUAAGGUGACGCAUACUUUCUUGCAUGUUCCCGACUGCCCCUAUCCCCUACUGGGAAGAGACUUGCUUACUAAACUGAGGGCACAAAUUCAUUUCGAAGAAACUGGGGCACACAUUACUGGACCCAAAGGACAGUCAUUGCACGUACUAACUCUCGGGAUAGAGGAUGAGUACAGGUUGUAUGAACAAGAAAAGAGCAAAGAAGACCCGUAUAUACACCCCUGGGUGCAAAAAUUCCCACAAGCUUGGGCUGAGACGGGAGGUAUGGGCUUAGCCGUCCACCAGGCUCCUUUAGUUAUUCUACUAAAAGCUGCUGCCUCGCCUAUAUCCAUAAAGCAAUACCCGUUGUCCCAAGAAGCCCACCGGGGAAUUCGCCCUCACAUAAAGCGACUGCUAGACCAAGGAAUACUAACUCCCUGCCAGUCUCCUUGGAAUACCCCGCUCCUCCAAGUCAAAAAGCCGGGAACUCAAGACUAUAGACCAGUACAGGACUUGAGAGAAGUCAAUAAGCGGGUCGAGGACAUCCACCCCACGGUCCCUAAUCCAUACAACCUACUAAGUGGACUGCCCCCUACUCACGUCUGGUACACCGUUCUGGAUCUAAAGGACGCGUUUUUUUGUUUGCGGAUCCACCCUAGUAGUCAGCUCAUUUUUGCCUUCGAAUGGAAAGAUCCAGAAUUGGGAGUAUCAGGGCAAUUGACUUGGACUAGGUUACCCCAGGGAUUUAAAAACAGCCCUACACUAUUUGAUGAGGCGUUACAUCGGGACCUAGCCGACUUUAGAAUUCAACAUCCAACCUUAAUAUUGCUCCAGUAUGUAGAUGAUCUGUUACUGGCAGCCCAGACGCAGGAGGACUGUAUAUCAGGGACUGAAGACCUCUUGCAGGCCCUGGGUACCAUAGGAUACAGGGCCUCCGCAAAAAAGGCGCAAAUUUGCCAGAAGCAGGUCACAUAUUUAGGAUACCAGAUCAAGGAUGGGCAGAGAUGGCUGACUGAGUCUCGCAAACGGGCAAUUAUGAAUAUUGCCCCACCCCAGAGUCCAAAACAACUGCGGGAGUUUCUGGGUACAGCUGGAUUUUGCCGUCUAUGGAUCCCCGGCUUUGCAGAGAUGGCCGCCCCUCUGUACCCGCUGACAAAACCAGGGACGCUGUUCGCCUGGGGAGAGACUCAACAAAAGGCCUUCCAAAACAUCAAGGAGGCCCUUUUACACUCCCCGGCCUUAAGGUUGCCAGACUUAACCAAACCUUUUGAGCUAUUCGUAGAUGAGAGACAAGGGUACGCAAAAGGAAUCCUGACCCAGAAGCUGGGACCCUGGAGACGCCCUGUGGCUUAUCUUUCCAAAAAGCUGGAUCCGGUUGCUUCCGGUUGGCCCCCAUGCUUGCGGAUGGUAGCGGCGAUUGCAGUUCUGGUAAAAGACUCGGGUAAGCUCACACUGGGACAGCCGCUUAUUAUUCUGGCCCCACAUGCCAUAGAGGCCCUGGUCAAACAGCCACCAGACCGCUGGCUUUCUAACGCCCGCAUGACACACUACCAAGCCAUGCUUCUAGAUAAAGACAGAAUACAGUUCGGGCCUAUAGUGACUUUAAGCCCAGCCACCCUGCUACCACAACCGGGGGAGGCGGAACCCCAUGACUGCUUGCAGAUCCUGGCCGAAGUACAUGGAACUAGACCCGACUUGACCGACCAGCCUCUCCGAGAUGCCGAUUUCACCUGGUACACAGAUGGGAGCAGCUUCUUGGACAAUGGGGAGCGGAAGGCCGGAGCCGCUGUUACCACCGAAACUGAGGUAGUUUGGGCCGAGGAACUUCCGCCUGGAACAUCAGCACAGCGCGCCGAGCUGAUCGCCCUAACCCACGCACUCAAGAUGGCUAAAGGCCAUAGUCGCUAUGCCUUCGCCACCGCUCAUGUACAUGGUGAGAUCUAUCGCAGGCGGGGCUUACUGACCUCAGAGGGCAAGGAAGUUAAAAACAAGCCUGAAAUCUUGGGCCUGCUUGAGGCCUUGUUCCUGCCCCAAAAACUGAGCAUUAUGCAUUGUCCGGGACACCAAAAAGGACAGACCCCGGAAGCAAGAGGCAAUCGACUGGCUGAUAAAGCCGCCCGAGAAGCAGCGCUAAGAGGGACUCUAAAAACCCCGGUCCUUCCAGUAGCGGCUAAGCCCCAGACAAAAAGACUCAGUCCACUCCCUUACAGCCCAGAGGACAUGAACGACCUAAAGAAAAUGGGGGCCACCUUUAACCCCGAAAAUGAAAUUUGGACUUAUAAUGAAAAAAUAGUUUGGCCAAGAAAGUGGACUCACCAGAUGAUAGACCGCCUCCACAAAUUAACCCAUCUCAGCAACCGAAAAAUGAAGACCCUCCUUGAUCGAGAAGAGGGACUAAGGUAUCUCCUGGGAAAAGAGGACAGUUUACAAUUGGUGACAGAUCAGUGCACAAUAUGUGCACGUGUCAGCGCCGGAAAGACUAAGGUAGGACUAGGAGUGCGGGUACGGGGACAACGACCGGGGACCCACUGGGAGAUCGACUUCACAGAAAUAAAACCUGGAAUGUAUGGAUACAAGUACCUCCUAGUGUUCGUGGACACAUUUUCAGGCUGGGUGGAAGCCUUCCCUACCAAACAAGAAACCUCCAGAGUGGUAACCAAGAAACUAAUGGAGGAAAUUUUUCCCCGGUACGGUAUGCCACAGGUACUAGGGACUGUCAAUGGGCCCGCGUUCGUCUCCCAGGUAAGUCAGCUGGUGGCCAAACUGCUGGGGAUUGAUUGGAAAUUACAUUGUGCUUACAGACCCCAGAGUUCAGGACAGGUAGAAAGAAUGAAUAGAACAAUUAAGGAGACUUUAACUAAAUUAACGCUUGCAACUGGCAUGAAGGACUGGGUGUUCCUCCUACCCCUAGCCCUUUAUCGCGCCCGCAAUACCUCAGGCCCCCAUGGCCUCACCCCUUUUGAAAUUCUGUAUGGAGCCCCCCCACCUGCUGUUAACUUCUUUGACCCAAACAUCUCUGACUUUGCUAAUAGCCCCUCUUUGCAAGCUCACUUACAGGCACUCCAGAUCGUCCAGCGGGAAGUCUGGAAACCUCUGGUGGCAAUAUACCAAGAUCACCAGAGCCACCCCGUCGUGCCUCAUCGCUUCCAGAUAGGAGAUUCCGUGUGGGUCCGCCGUCACCAGACAAAGAAUUUGGAACCCCGGUGGAAAGGCCCGUACAUCGUCCUCCUCACCACUCCUACGGCUGUAAAGGUAGACGGAAUUGCCACCUGGAUCCACGCUUCCCACGUCAAGGCGGCCCGGGCCCCGGAGGAAACCUCAGAGACCCCAGCCUGGAAAAUACAGCGCACUCAAAACCCCCUGAAGAUAAGAUUUACUCGAACAUGA